AUGGGUCCUAUGCAGGGUGUAGCACGCUCAGCUCCCCGCAGCUUGCGCGCUGUAGGACUCUUUAAACAAACCGAGAACAUCUGCAGCUUCGCCGGCAGGAAUCGAUUCCCGACCUCCGCAGGCCGCAGGACGUUGUCCAGCAUCCCUGCCCGCAACGCGCAGGCCGCCGCCGCUCAGAAACCCUCCUCGAAAGACCCCUCCAACCCGGCCCUCUCCUUCCCUUGUCUCGAUGCCCAAGAAGCAAAGUCCGCGCUCCUCUCCGCCCGAUCGCUCGAGUCCGGCCCCGAACCCUCCUACACCACCGGCCACCACGAACAAUACCGCUGCCAGGACCCGCUGCUGCUCGACUGGGGCGGCGUGCUGCCGGAAUUCGACGUUGCGUACGAAACGUGGGGCCAGUUGAACGCGGACAAAAGCAAUGCCAUCCUGCUGCACACCGGUCUGUCGGCGUCGAGCCAUGCGCACAGCACCGAGGCGAACCCGAAACCCGGCUGGUGGGAGAAGUUCAUCGGGCCGGACAAGCCCAUCGACACAAACAAGUACUUUGUCAUCUGCACCAAUGUGAUCGGAGGAUGCUACGGCAGUACGGGACCGUCGUCGUUUGACCCCUCCGACGGCAAGCGAUACGCCACGCGGUUCCCCAUCCUGACGAUUGACGACAUGGUGCGGGCUCAGUUCCGUCUGCUGGACUCACUGGGUAUCCGGAAGCUGUAUGCCUCCGUGGGCUCGAGUAUGGGCGGCAUGCAGAGUCUGGCGGCGGGCGUCCUCUUCCCCGAGCGGAUCGAGAAGAUCGUCAGUAUCAGCGGAUGUGCGCGCAGCCACCCCUACAGCAUCGCUAUGCGCCACACCCAGCGCCAGGUGUUGAUGAUGGACCCCAAAUGGGCGCGCGGGUUCUACUACGACUCCAUCCCGCCGCAUUCGGGCAUGAAGCUGGCCCGAGAAAUCGCCACGGUGACCUACCGCAGCGGACCGGAGUGGGAGAUGCGGUUUGGUCGCAAGCGCGCCGACCCGAGCAAGCAGCCGGCCCUGUGCGCCGACUUCCUCAUCGAGACCUAUCUCGACCACGCGGGGGAGAAAUUCUGCCUGGAAUACGACCCCAACAGUCUCCUCUACGUCUCCAAGGCCAUGGACCUGUUCGAUCUCGGCCACGCCCACCAGCAGGAGACCAAGACCCGUCGCACCGAAUACGAGACCAAGAUCGCCCAGGGCGGCAAGGACCUGAACCAGAGCGACAUCGCCUGCAGCCUCACCCUGCCGGAGAAGCCGUACGAGGAGCAGCCCUCCGUGACGGCGUCCACGGCCGCCAUGGACCAGUCCGUGGCCGGAGGCGACGCAGCCUCGGACGCCCCACCGCAGGACCUCGUCGCGGGACUCGCGCCCCUGAAGAACCAUCCCGUUCUGGUCAUGGGCGUUGCCAGCGACAUCCUCUUCCCUGCGUGGCAGCAGCGCGAGAUCGCGCAGACCCUGCGCGCCGGGGGGAACCAGACCGUUCAGCAUGUGGAACUGGGCGAGGACGUGUCGAUGUUCGGACAUGAUACGUUCCUGCUAGAUCUGAAGAAUAUCGGCAGUGCUUUGCACAAGUUCUUGCAGUGA